GUCCCCCCGACAUGACCGGCCAGCCACCAGUCUACCACCAGGACCCGAACGCUCGCCUGCAGCAGCAAUACCAACAGGGCCACCCGCAAGUCCAAUACAACCAGUCACCUCCCCCACAACAACAUGCCUACGCCGCUCCUCAGCAAGCCUACGCCGCCCAAGGCGACCAGCAAUCGGAAUUUCAGUUGGUCAACAGCGGACUGGUACUGUGUACCGGACUGCCACCCCGAUCGCGAACUUGAGACGCGGUCCUACGCCUGGAGGCAGCGUGCGAUAACGAAUUUCUCGUAUGAGUGCACAGACUAAUGCCCCAGCAUUGUAUCAUAUCGGAGAAGAGAGAACGCACUUUGUCAAUCAGUGUUUCAUAGGGUGUAGCGUGUUUGGCAUUUCACUAUCAAACUACACAGGUGUCAGGGAGUAGUGGUGAGGGCCAGGGCAGGCACAUGUAUAUAGCCUCACCUUCCUCCAGACCUCUUUCUCUCCUCUGAAUUAUCAUCCAAUACAUCAAGU